UGACGCUGUCUAGUUGACAAUGAAAAUUAUUUGUCUUUUGCAUGGUUUUUUUGUAUAAACUUUUACCAAAUAAUUUUUUAUAAUUUUUUUUGAAAAAUCCUUAAGGCGGAAGUGAGAACAAAAUUAAAACAAGGAAAGGAAUGAAAAGUUUUGAACCAAAAAUUACCUACAGUAAGGAAACCGUAAAUUUAGGAGAAGUAAGCAGGAGUAAACAUAAAUAUCGAGCUGAAGAAUGGAAAAAACAAACGGAAAAGUGGCGACCAACCACCUAUAGAGAUGGAAUAAUAGACAGAUCGGUAAGAAAAUUAGCUCAAUACUACGCACGUUCGCAUGCGGAAGAAACGGCUGACAUCAAUAAGGUCAAGAAGCAGAGAGAAUGUACUUUUAAUUUUAUUGAACAUAAUAAGAAAAAGUAUUCACACGAUGAUCAUAUAAGCUGUUUUAGGUCCAAAUCAGAGUUUGUACCUAAAACUUCUUGUGAUGAUUACCCCAGGGAUAAGAGGGUCCUAAUGCACCCCAGCAGUCCGGCAGUAAAUAAUGCCCAUGAAAGAAGCAAUAGCAAAAAAGAAACGAACGAUGGCAAACCUGUACGUGAGAAAACAGGGAAACGUCAAUGCACCAAAACCGGCUCUAUUGAGAAACUCAUUGAAAAGUACGAUAAAAUCGUGUUUGAUAACGUUGGAAGCCCUCCAGUUUGCCCCAACAGAACCCGAGCACCCAUGUGGAAAGAUCCAAGGUUAAAGGAAAAAUACUCCCUACUUAAAGUACCUUGGCAGAAUUCCCAAAGGGUUGCGGCUUAUAAAGUGCAACCGGUUUACCAGAGGGAAGAGACACAACCGAGGGAGGAUUCUCCUAGUAGUAAGACUUACUAUUACGACGAGGGAAGCGAUAUUGACUCUUUGUGUCUGCCCAGAGGCUCUGCAGGUACGAAUGAGACCUACGGCAAUGCUCUCCAAGGGCAGGCUUUUACCAUACUAAACAUAAUCACCUGGACGUGCUUCGCUUGUAUAAUGGGUUUGGUGGUAUGGUUCGUUUCCGAGAACCAAAUAUUACGGAAUAUUCUAUUCCCAAAACCUCCCGAAAGUACCUUGAUGAGGUACGUGAAGCUGGUGGGCGGAGCGGUGGUGUAUUCGGCAAAUAGCGUCCUCAAGUUCAUUGGAAGACUAUUGACCAUACCAACCCAAACAGUGUUUCAAUCGGCCCAUGAAGAAAUAUGGCCACCUACCGGAUAAACUUUUCAGUAUAAUAGAUAAUUAUGUACUCACUGCUUGCUUAAUUUUAUGUAUAUAUUUACGACUUAAAUAAAUAUGUAUAAGGUACAUAAAACAUA